CUCGAGGUAAAGAAAUGUUAAACUGGCAAUUUUUCAUAUAUUAUCAGCUAACAAGACCUAGGUACAUAGCGACAUGAGAGGCGCUGCACACACCUGAACUUAAGGAGCUAUCUUCUCCACUUUUACUGAUCGCUACGAAUGGCUAGGAACGGAACCGCGGCCUUCAGUUCCCAGGGGGUGGGGACGGUGGAUGUCGUCGUCAUUGUUAUCUAUUUAGCUUUCUGUCUGGCCACGGGAAUCUGGGCAACAUGGAGGACAAAUAGAGGCAGCAUCAGUGGCUAUUUUUUGGCGGGAAGAGACAUGCUGUGGUUUGCUAUAGGGGCCUCGCUCUUCUCCAGUAACAUCGGAAGCGGAAGUUUUGUGGGACUGGCGGGGACAGGCGCAGCGUCAGGAAUCGCUGUCGCAAGCUACGAACUCAAUGGAUUGUUUUGUCUGUUGAUGCUGGGAUGGCUUGUGGUUCCAGUAUACAUCGCCAGUGGGGUGUACACACUUCCGGAGUACCUGAAGAAGAGGUUCGGCGGUCAGCGGCUACAAAUCUACAUGUCUGUACUUUCACUCCUCAUCUACAUCUUUACUAAAAUAUCGGUGGACAUGUAUGCAGGAACCAUUUUCAUACAGCAGGCAAUUGGCCUUGACCUCUAUGCGGGCGUGGUAAUCUUACUAGGAAUAUCGGCCUUAUACACCAUAUUAGGCGGACUUAAAGCUGUGAUUUAUACAGACACAUUACAAACUGUUAUCAUGGUGGCUGGGUCCAUCGUCCUGAUGAUACUUAGUUUUGACAAGAUCGGUGGGAUAGAGAAAGUGUACACACUGUUUCCCAGGUCGGUGCCCUCACCCCUGGUGAACGGAUCAGACUGUGGGGUCCCGCCAUCUGAUGCCUUUCAUCUGCUCCGUGACGCCGUUACUGGGUCAAUACCCUGGCCAGGGAACGUGGUGGGCAUCACCAUCCUCAGUUGCUGGUACUUCUGCUUUGACCAGGUUCUUGUCCAGCGGUCGUUGGCUGCUAAGAACAUGCAUCACGUGAAAGGUGGAUCCAUUCUUGCUGCCUACCUGAAGAUCCUACCACUGUUUACCACAGUCUUUCCAGGGAUGAUUAGCAGAAUCCUAUUCACAGAUCAGGUGGCCUGUGUAGAUCCCAAGAUAUGUAAAGAUGUCUGCGAUAACGAGGCUGGGUGUACAAAUAUUGCGUAUCCCAAACUGGUGGUGGAACUCAUGCCCGAAGGAUUGAAAGGUUUGAUGCUGGCAUCAAUGAUGGCUGCAUUGAUGAGUUCUCUGACGUCAGUGUUUAACAGCGCUAGCACGCUGUUCACCAUGGAUAUCUGGCAGCGCGUGCGCCCUGGAUCUACCGAAGGAGAACUUUUGGUAGUGGGCAGGAUAUUCAUUAUAAUUCUGGUGGUGAUCAGCGUUGUGUGGAUCCCCGUGUUACAAGCCUCACAAGGGGGACAACUCUUUAAUUACAUCCAGGCCGUCACCGGAUAUCUUGCCCCACCCAUCCUUUCUCUCUUUCUACUGGCAAUAUUCUGGACGAGAACCAAUGAAGCCGGUGCGUUCUGGGGGCUGAUGAUUGGAUUGGUGGUGGGGUUAACUAGGAUGGGGCUUGACUUCGGAUACGGUUCCCCUAAGUGUGGAGAAGAGGAGUUCCGGCCUGCCAUCAUCUCUAAGGUCCACUUCCUCCACUUCACCAUCAUCCUCUUCUUCCUCAGCCUCUUCGCCAUGAUCAUCAUCACGCUCUUCACUGAACCUAUUCCUAAUAAACACCUCACCAGGUUGACUUGGUGGUCACGUCACAGUUUACAGGACAGGGAGCCGUUCAAAGAGGAACAGGAAUUCCAGAGCCUGGCCACGUCCAUUCAGAACAAAAAGAUGGAGACACAGAAAGAAGUUAAAAUGACCAAGUGGCGGCAUGCUUUAUAUGUGAUAUGUGGAUAUGAGCCUCCGAAACCGGUAACAGCCACAGAGGCGGAAAUAGCCGAACAAAACCGACUUUUAAGGAGUAUUACGGAGAAGGGGAAAUGGAAAUGGUUUGUGAACAUUAAUGCAAUCGUCCUAAUGACACUUGGCAUCUUCUUGUGGGGAUUCUUCGGUUAACAUUGAAAAGCAGCAUGUGAUACGUCAUUAGAAUAGACACUAUGGCUUGUAGAGUGUUUCUUUAAAUAUCAUAUAUGAUAUACAUGUAUAUAUAUAGUCAUAAUAUAUUGUAUAUGUUUGUAUGGAAACUUAAUUUCAGUAAAAAUAUUUGAAGAUUGUUACUACA